UCCAGCCCCCUGACAUGGCUGGGCUCUCCCGGCUCUGGGCCCUCUGAGCACACAACCUGCCCUCUUCUAGUGGGGCACUUUACGUUGUGCUCUCUUGUAAGCACGUCCUUUUUGCUGUCCUUAGAGGUUAGUGUAUGAGGCUUUUUAAUCCAUGGGAGAUGGGUCAGGACCAGACAAAGCAACAGAUAGAGAAAGGACUCCAUCUUUACCAGUCUAAUCAGACCGAAAAGGCCCUGCGAGUCUGGAUGAGGGUUUUGGAGAAGUCUGCGGAUCCUGCUGGCAGGUUUCGGGUUUUGGGUUGCCUCAUCACUGCUCAUGCAGAGAUGGGCAGAUACAAAGACAUGCUGAAGUUUGCAGUGGUCCAGAUUGACACAGCACGGGAGCUGGAAGACCCAGAUUUCCUUACAGAGAGCUACCUAAACCUGGCUCGCAGCAAUGAGAAACUCUGUGAAUUCCAGAAAACAAUCUCUUACUGCAAGACGUGCCUGAACAUGCAGGGUACCACUGUGAGCAUGCAGCUGAAUGGCCAGGUGAGCCUCAGCAUGGGCAAUGCCUUCCUGGGCCUCAGCAUUUUCCAGAAGGCUUUGGAGUGCUUCGAGAAAGCUUUACGCUACGCACACAACAACGACGACAAGAUGCUGGAGUGUCGAGUCUGCUGCAGCCUCGGGAACUUCUACACCCAGAUAAAGGACUAUGAGAAAGCCUUGUUUUUCCCAUGUAAAGCUGCUGAACUGGUGAAUGACUACGGGAAGGGCUGGAGCCUGAAGUACCGUGCCAUGAGCCAGUACCACAUGGCCGUGGCCUAUCGGAAGCUGGGGCGCCUGGCAGAUGCCAUGGAUUGCUGUGAGGUACGGGGCAUGGGCAGGGCUGGGGGGCUCUGCCAGGGCAUCCUGCCACGCCCCUGCAGCAAGAAACACACCCUGCCAUUCACACUUGACUCUAAAUCUUCCUGCUGCCUUCCAGUCUUAGAGCUGUGGUUUCUGUAG